AUGGACGAUGCGACGAGGCUCAUCGGAGACCUGCAUCAGAAGCUAGCCGACCUCGACCACAAGGUUGCAGCCUACCGCCAAGACAUGGCAGCCGAGUUCCAUAGGUACUCUCAAAAUCUCCUUCAAGACCUGCCACACGACAUACAAGCCGAGGUCGAUCGUCUUGUUACCGCUUCCUUCCACAACUAUCCCGCUCUCAGUCCCGCCCUCGCCCUCAGUCCACCACGAGACCAUCCUGACUCACCGCCACCGCCGUCCAUUCUCGACACCGAAAUCCUCCCCGAAACAACCCCCGACCGCCGUGAUCCGACCCCGAAGCCGCAGUCGCAGUUGCAGUCUCCCUCCUCCAAGCCUCCCCCAUCCGUCACUUCCCAUGCCGGAACUGCCACCCUAACCUCUCCCGACAGUGCUCACGACCGGGAAAGGGAUAGGGAAUUGCACGGCCUCUUCACGCCAACUUACCUGCCUCUGCUGGACAGCGCACACCCUCCCGCCUCAAUGAACCACUCGCCAGUACUCUCGCCCUUGUCAAAGCCUGAUACUGACGACAACAUGGGCCGGCGCAACUCCGGACAAGCGGGCGACCGUCCUUCGGGACAGGUCUCUGUGGCCGCGACGCAGACGCCUGAGCGGCCGAACCACGAACGCCGCGCGACGGACGACACCACCUCCUCUGGCACCUCCGAGCACAGCGACUCCAAGGUGCGCCGGAGUGCUUUACGUCGGUCCUCGACCGGAUCCAAGCCUCCCACCAGCCCCCGUCGAGUCCGCUUCGAAUUCGAGGGAACUGAGGUGUUGCCUACGGCCUCGCCGCAGUCGUCCGAGCCGUCAUUGGUACAGUCACACACCCUUGCCAAUUCGAGGUCACCUCCGCCGCCAGAAGAUGACUCAAUAUCUACUGAAUCGUUGUUGGGGCCCGAUGAGGACUUGGGGCCUCCGCCAAAGAAGGUCUCCUCUACCCAGGCUCUUCGUGCCCUGUCACGAGCCCCCUUGGAUGCAAACACCGUCUGGACCGUCGUGAACCCCGAUGCUCAAGGAUCCGACGCGGAGACAGGGAACGGAAGUAUGGCGACGUCUGAUUCUGAGAGCUCGCUGCACGCAAACAACCCCACUCAAAGUCAGGCGAAGCGUCAGGAGGUAUCGAGGAAAGCAGAGACAGAGCGUGGGCGUGAACGGACGCCUGAGCCAUCAGGUUCCGCCUCGCCUGAGCCAGCCGAAGCCGCAAGGUAUGACGAUGACAGCGACGACAGCUCCUCGGAUGACGGAUUUCUUGCCAUGGCAAAGCCUAGAUCCUUUGCCAACAAGAAAGCCAUUAUGUCUCCGUUAUCCCGCUCCCCGACGAGAACAGUUCCUGUGCCUCAAAGUCCUAGCUCAGGGAAACAAUCAUCACAAAAUGAAAUCAAAACGGCGACGACGACAGGAUCCGGAGGGGCUGUUGAAGAGGAGGAUGACGAGGAUAUGUUCCACUUUGAGGGACUGAGUGCUCCCCCAAAGCCUCGGGCGCGCCCCGCGCCGAUACAAGAAGAGGAAGAAGAAGACGAUGACGAGGAUGGUUCCAGCGAGCCGGUAACUCAAACCUUGUACUCGACCUCACCGGCCAUGUCCAUUCGCAAGCAGGCAGAGCCACAGAUCCCAGCACACCUCAUCUCUGGCUCAGUUGGCUCCUUCCGGGGUCGUCCUGUCAUCAUGCCUGUUGUGAAGAACCCCGAUGUGUAUCAGCAGGCAGCGUCUCUUGGCGACAUUAGUAGCUUCAUCGGUGGACUAGACGGCCGCAGUGGUGUUGACGACGGCGAUUUGAACAGUUAUCGAGCCAGUGUUGGGCAAGCACUCUUUUCGGGGACACCUCGAAGUUUGACGGAGCGAAUGAUGAUGGAGGAGGCACAGAGCCAGAGACGAGCGGCUCAGCGACCACAGUAA